CACCAAGGGACCGCCGGAGCCUCGACAGUGACACGUCGGACCGGGUCAGACUUCCUUCCCCCGCGGGUCCGCCAUGGCUCGGACCGGAGGCGGGAGCGCGCAGUCCCGCAGGAACGCGCGGCUGGACUCGUUCCUGAAGCGGAACACGGAGCGCGCCGUGUACGAGCGGAUCCGCGCCGCGGAGCCGUGCGUGGUGCUGUCGGACUCCGUCAACAAGGUGUUCAUGCACGCGGUGCUGAGCGACCAGUGCGUGUACCUGACCGAGUACCUGCCCCGCACCAUCACCGAGGCCGUCAGCUUCGGCCGAGUGAGACACAUCGAGCUGGUAAAUGACCUCCCAGAGUUCCUCAGUCCCAAAGACCGGGAACGCUGCCAGCAUAUACGAAUCAGCUACACCGCUGACAAACCUGUGGGGAAGAGGCGUGAUUGGUUGAGGAGACAGAAGGGGGAGGGACUUGCUCCUGGAGCCCCGCCCUCUCGCAGAGCCAGCCACUGCCCAACAACAAUAACACCACUAGAGACCUUAAAAGGAUUUGCUGCAGAAAGUCAGCAGAUGAAGGACGAGCCCCCCCCGGGGCUGAAGCCCACCCGCUCUGCUUCCUGCCCAAACCCCGAGACACUGGGGCUCCCAAGGGUGCAGCACCCUGCCGCCCAGCCCCCCUCUUUCUACUCACCCCUCACAUCCCCCGCCUCGCCUUCAUCGCUCUCAGAGGGAAGUCUAAAGGUGAUCGACAGCAGUCAGGUGAUGGAGAGGCUCGGCUCGGUCCUGUCACGGCUGCUGAGGCGAGACUGCAUGGGCGAUGAGGAGGACAGAGAAGCAGAGCUGCAUUUUUACGUUGUUUCGCAGACAUCCAGACUUUACUUCCACCUGCAGAGCUCGUGGAACAGCUACAUUAUUAGGUCGACGCUUUUGUUGGAUCCACUCUACAGAAGGAGGUGUACUGCAUCAUCCUCUGCUUCUCCCAUCAGCAUGGAGCGGACGGCUCACCUGCUCGGUCAGCUGAGCUCAGAGCUCCUACAGGAUGGGAUUAGCAUGGAGAGCUUGUACCUGCUUCUGCAGGAGCUGAGAACAGCCGCUCACCGCAGCGUCACGCUACGGCGAAUCUUCUGGAGGUCAAGAGAAGUGUGUGUUUUCCUGGUUCAGACUCUGGAGGACUGUUUCUACAGCUGUCAGAGCCUCGGGGGAGUUUAUACAGCGGAUCAGCUACUACUGAGCACCCUGGUCGUCCAGACGCUCGCCAUCAUGUUCAGGGAGACAGAGGUGGAAGCAGCCAGAAUCAGCCUGCUCUCUGCCGAAAAAGGUGCUUUGGCCUCCAGAAUGCUGCUUGCCUUGAUUUGUGAUCCACAACUGAGAACCCCGAGCCGAGGAUCUCCGGUGGACUCAGAGCUUCAGGGUUUACUCACCGAGUAUCUGGAUGCGGCCUGCUCUCUGCUCUUUGAACUCCUGCUUUUAGGAUAUGAGACCAGCAGGUGUUCUUCUGCUGACAACUUCCUGACUGUGGGUUGGAUCUUCAGAGUCCUGCAGCCUCACCCUCACCUGUUAUCCUUCAUCGGUUACCAAGCCCAGCAGGUGGUGCUGGUUCUGUUGGGCCCUCAGGAAUCGUACCCGAAUGCCGUGCAGUCCGUUGUGCUGUUCCAGCGGUGCCACCUCCUGCUGGGCUGCCUGCAGCACAGCAACCAGCUGGCUCUGCACCUGCGCUCGCACUUCAGGGAGGAAUUCAGAUACUUUGUGAAGCCGUCAUGUGCAGAGGAGAAGCUGCUGCCUCAUUAUCCCAUUAGCCAACCAACUAUUCGACUGAUGGAAAGUAUUCAGACUCUUCUACUGAACAGAUGAUCGAACACCUACUUUUUUCUUGUUACCUGCUAAAAGGUAAAAGGAUUCAUGAAGGUGUGCCUUUUUAAAACUCGGAAUAUUUCCUGAUCCCCUUUGCCAUGGAUCUCUUGCAGGUAUUAUCAGUAUACUUACAGGUUUUGGUUAAUGCAUGUAUAGAAGCUUAAUGUUGAUAAAUGUUGAAUGUGCUUGUGGAGAGAAUGCAAUGA